CACAGGCUAGGACUGAAAGGCAGGGACUAAGGUGACAGCUGACUCUGCCGGGGCGGAGUGCGUGUCCUCCCACCGUGCUGGCGCUGAACUGACUGUCCGCUGCCAAGGGAAGUGACAGCCGCAGCCAGGCUCUCAGCCAGCGGCCGGGCGCCCCGCGGACCAUGCUCUCCAGUACGCAGAACUCGGGCGGCUCCUAUCAGCGGGUCCGCGGGGGGCUUGAUGCACAGAAAUGCAGUCCAGAGAAAAGUGCCUCAUUUUUCAGUAAAGUGACAUAUUCCUGGUUUAGCAGAGUAAUUACUUUAGGCUAUAAGAGACCUUUGGAAAGAGAGGAUCUUUUUGAACUAAAGGAAAGUGAUUCCUUCUGCACUGUGUGUCCCAUCUUUGAAAAACAAUGGAGAAAGGAAGUUUUAAGGAAUCAAGAGAGGCAAAAAGUAAAGGUAUCUUGUUAUAAAGAGGCACAUAUCAAGAAACCAUCUCUACUUUAUGCAUUGUGGAACACCUUUAAAUCCGUCCUGAUUCAAGUUGCCUUAUUCAAAGUGUUUGCUGAUAUUUUGUCCUUCAGUAGCCCACUCAUAAUGAAGCAAAUUAUCAUUUUCUGUGAACACAGCUCAGAUUUUGGCUGGAAUGGCUAUGGCUAUGCAGUGGCACUUCUUGUUGUAGUCUUUUUGCAAACUCUGAUUCUUCAGCAAUAUCAACGUUUUAACAUGCUCACCUCAGCAAAAGUUAAGACAGCUGUAAAUGGACUGAUCUACAAAAAGGCCCUACUUUUAUCAAAUGUUUCUCGAUGAAAGUUUUCCACUGGGGAAAUGAUUAACUUGAUUCAGCAACUCAUGGACUUGACAGCAAACCUCAAUCUCCUCUGGUCUGCCCCUUUUCAAAUCCUAAUGGCCGUAUAUCUCCUUUGGCAAGAGCUGGGUCCAGCAGUGUUAGCAGGGGUGGCAGUCCUUGUGUUUGUUAUACCAAUAAAUGCUUUAGCUGCAACUAAAAUAAAAAAGUUAAAGGAAAGCCAAAGAAAGAACAAAGAUAAACAGAUAAAACUACUCAAAGAAAUCCUACAUGGAAUUAAGAUCCUCAAACUUUAUGCAUGGGAACCCUCCUAUAAAAAUAAGAUUAUCAAAAUUCGAGAUCAGGAAUUGGAAUUUCAAAAAUCAGCUAGGUAUCUUACUGUAUUUUCCAUGUUGACAUUAACCUGCAUUCCAUUCUUGCUGAGUGUGUCCCUGGCAACCUUGUGUGUCUAUUUCUUACUGGAUGAAGGAAACAUUUUAACAGCCACUAAAGUGUUCACAUCGAUGUCUUUGUUUAAUAUUUUAAGGAUUCCUCUGUUUGAGUUACCAACCGUGAUCUCAGCUGUGGUCCAGACAAAGAUAUCCCUGGGCCGUUUGGAAGACUUUCUCAACACUGAGGAGCUUCUUCCUCAAAGUAUUGAAACAAACUAUGCAGGAGAUCAUGCUAUUGGAUUUACAGAUGCUUCUUUCUCCUGGGAUAAAACAGGAAUGCCAGUUCUAAAAGACUUGAAAGUAAAGAUUCCAGAAGGAGCUUUAGUGGCUGUUGUAGGGCAAGUUGGGUCUGGAAAAUCAUCCGUGCUUUCUGCCAUUCUAGGGGAAAUGGAGAAACUUACCGGAGUAGUUCAAAGAAAGGGCUCUGUGGCUUAUGUUUCUCAGCAGGCCUGGAUUCAGAAUUGCAUUUUGCAAGAAAACAUUCUCUUUGGCUCCAUCAUGAAGAAAGAGUUUUAUGAGCAAGUAUUGGAAGCCUGUGCUCUCCUUCCAGAUUUGGAGCAGUUGCCAAAGGGAGAUCAAACUGAGAUUGGAGAAAGAGGUGUGAAUAUAAGUGGGGGCCAGCAACAUCGAGUAAGCCUGGCCAGAGCUGUCUACAGUGGGGCUGACAUCUACCUCCUGGAUGAUCCCUUGUCUGCUAUUGAUGUUCAUGUUGGAAAGCAGCUUUUUGAAAAAGUGAUAGGGUCCUUGGGCCUUUUGAAAAACCCGACUUGUAUUUUAGUGACACACAAUCUCACACUUCUGCCACAAAUCAAUCUUAUUGUUGUAAUGAAAAGUGGCAGAAUAACUCAAAUGGGAACAUACCAGGAGCUGCUGUGUAAAACCAAAAAUCUCACUAAUUUGCACCAAGUCAUCAGUGAACAAGAAAAAGCUCAUGCUCUAAAGCAAGUCAGUGCAAUCAACUCCAGAACUAGACCAAAAGACAAAAUCCUGGAGCAAAAACAUAGGCCCUCACUGGAUCAAGGAAAACAGCUCUCAAUGAAAAAAGAAAAGAUCCCUGUUGGUGGGUUGAAGUUCUCCAUCAUUCUGCAGUACCUCCAAGCCUUUGGCUGGCUCUGGGUGUGGCUGACUGUGGUCACUUACUUAGGGCAGAAUUUGGUGAGCAUUGGACAGAAUCUAUGGCUUAGUGCAUGGGCAAAAGAAGCAAAAAACAUGAAUGAGUUCACAGAAUGGAAGCAAAUAAGAAGCAAUAAACUUAAUAUCUAUGGAUUAUUGGGAUUAAUAAAAGGUCUUUUUGUCUGCUCUGGAGCCUAUGUAAUCACUAGAGGAUCCCUGGCUGCCUCUCGAACCAUGUAUGUUCAACUGUUAAAUAAUGUACUGCACCUCCCCAUCCAGUUUUUUGAAACAAAUUCCACAGGCCAGAUCAUCAGUCAUUUCACCAAGGACGUAUUUAUAAUUGAUAUGCAUUUGCAUUACUAUUUACGGCUGUGGGUGAAUUGUACAUUGGAUGUUAUUGGAACAGUUUUGGUCAAUGUGGGAGCUUUGCCCCUCUUCGUUCUGGGGAUUAUUCCCUUAGUGUUCUUCUAUUUCUCUAUACAAAGAUACUAUGUGGCAAGCUCUCGGCAAAUCUGGAGGUUGACAGGAGGGUCCCGUUCUCCUGUCAUUUCUCACUUUAGUGAGACUUUAUCAGGAGUGUCCACCAUCAGAGCAUUUGGACAUGAACAGAGGUUUAUCCAGCAAUACAAAGAGGUGGUGAAUGAAGACUUGGUCUGUUUCUACAAUAAUGUAAUUUUCAACCUGUGGCUGUCUGUUAGACUUGAAUUUCUUGGCAACUUAAUGGUGCUUUUUGCUGCACUGCUUGCUGUGCUGGCUGGCAAUUCUAUAGAUUCAGCAAUAGUUGGUUUGUCUGUAUCCUAUGCCCUAAAUAUAACUCAUUCUCUGAAUUUUUGGGUGAAGAAAGCAUGUGAAAUUGAAACCAAUGCAGUUGCUGUUGAAAGAGUUUGUGAAUAUGAAAAUAUGGAUAAAGAAUCACCUUGGAUAAUGUCUAGAAGACCUCCAUUACAAUGGCCCAAUAAAGGUAUGGUGGAAUUUAUUAAUUCGGCUCGAUACCGAGAUGAUCUUGGUUUAGCGUUGCAAGAUAUCACUUUCCAGACUCAUGGGGAAGAGAAGAUUCGAAUUGUGGGCAGUACUGAAGCAGGCAAAUCCACACUAUCAAAUUGCUUAUUUAGAAUUGUGGAGAGAGCAGGAGGCAAAAUUAUUAUUGACGGAAUUGAUAUAUCAACUAUUGGACUUCAUGACCUUCAUGGCAAACUUAAUAUUAUUCCACAGCACCCUGUUUUAUUUUCUGGAACCCUUCAUAUGAACCUGGAUCCCCUAAACAAAUGUUCUGAUAGCAAGCUGUGGGAAGUGCUGGAAUUGUGUCACUUGAAACAAUUUGUGCAGUCCCUUCCUGAGAAGCCUGAGAUUUCAGAGGGUGGCGAGAACCUCAGCAUGGGACAAUGGCAGCUGGUCUGUCUAGCUCGUGCUCUGCUUCGAAAAACAAAAAUUCUCAUCUUGGAUGAAGCAACAGCCUCCAUUGACUUUGAGAUGGACAAGUUGGUGCAGACCACAAUCAGGAAGGAGUUUUCUGAUUGCAUCAUCCUGACCAUUGCUCACAGACUGCAAUCUAUCAUUGAUUCAGACAAGGUGCAUGUUCUAGAUUCAGGAAGCAUUGUGGAAUUCGAAGCACCUCAGAAUUUGAUACGUCAGAAAGGACUUUUCUAUGAAAUGACAACAGACGCUGGAAUAACACAAGACUCAGUGACAAAAAAAUAA